CUUGAUCCUUCAUGUCGACAGGUGACAUGCGAAAAGCGUGGCCUGGUGAAGAUGACAUGUUCGAGAGAGUUGAUCUCAAAGCCAAGACCAAUCAAGCUAUCUUAGCUAGUUUGACGCUUCUUUGCCCAAUUCUAGAGCCCAUGGCCUCCGCCUCGUUGCUCGUACUCGCAGCACUUGCUUGCAACCUUGUGUGCGAUCCUGCGUGGGCGGAGAGGGUGAAGCAACAGCACCUGCAGUUGGAGCCACCCUCCUAUGUAGUUGAUGAAUGGACAGAAUACCUGAGAAGUCCAGAUGGUUUGUGGAUCAUGAAUAAGGCCGAAGCAAGAGCCAAGGCCUAUCAAGUGCUGGCCAACCCCUACCAUCCACGCUUGGGGGAAGUGAAGGAGAUGAAAGCGUUCAUUGCAAGUCCGGAUGGUUUGUGGCUGAGUGAUCGUCGACAAGCAUUUGACAAAGCCAUUGCAGUUCUUUCCAAGCCGCAUCCUCCGAACUUUCUGCAAGAGAUCAUGACCAUGAAAGCUUUCAUUGCAAGUCCUGAUGGCUUGUGGCUGAGUGAUCGUCAGAGAGCAUUUGACAAGACCAUGGAGGUUCUUGCACGCCCGCAUCCUCCAAACUUCGUUGAGUCUGUCAAGGCAAAGGCCGGCGAGUUCUCCAGUCUUGGUCGGGAGCAGGCAUUCAGCAAAGCCGUAAGUCUCAGCUAUGGUGGUGGCGGCUACAACCAAGGCGGCUAUAACCAUGGUGGCUACAACCAGGGUGGCUACCACCACGGUGGCUACAACCAGGGCGGUUACAAUGGUGGUUCCUAUGGCCACCACAACCGCUGGUAGCCACAGGGAACUGCGGCGAAAAGUCAUCAUAGACCAAUGCACACCAAACGUGCUGGCAUGGACAAUUGCAUUUUACGCAAAAAGGGCCGUGCCGCCGUUUCACGAGCUUUUUUCU